UCUGAUUUAUUGACGAUUGUUUCGUCCCACCAGCAUUGCGUCCCGCACAUUAACUCAUUCUACAAGUCUCUCUGUUCUCAAAACCGUCCUAUCUACUGCGUCUGAACUCCCGAUCACUCGACUUAGACGAGCAAAUAUGCCCGUCAAACCACUCUCAUUCAAAGGCGACAAAAAGCCCUCGAAGAAGCGCAAACACCACGACACUUCCCUCAGCACCGCGAAUGCCGACCCCUCCACCGACCCCUCUGCAAGCCACGAAGAAGAUACCUCCUGGACGACCCCCGACGCGCCGACCGACCUGUCAGGCCCUGUGAUCCUUGUCCUCCCGACCGUUCCAUCCACCGUCCUCGCCUCCGAUGCGCACGGCAACGUCUUCGCCAGCCAACUGGAGAACAUAGUCGAGAACGUCCCCGAGACGGCGGAACCGCAUGACGUGCGACAAGUCUGGGUCGCCAGCUCCGUUGCCGGGACCGGCCAAAUCAACCUGAAAGCCAGUCACGGAGGGUAUCUCUCGUGCGACUCGAUCGGCGUCCUAGGUGCGCGGCGCGAAGCACGCGGGCACGAGGAGGGGUUUGUCGUCGAGCAAUUCACCACGACCGAGGGCAAAACGAGAUGGAGACUAGGCACGAGCGCGGGUAAACUCUCAGACGGCGAGAAAGGCCGACGAUACAUCUCGACCGUCAGCGAAACAAGCACACGCACAAGCACAAGAUCCGACGAUGAGAAGGACAAGAAGAAAAUGUCUGUAUCGCUCCGCGGCGACGGCGAGGCAAAUUCCGAAACCACGCAUACUAUCAUCAAGAUGCAAGCACGCUUCAAGCCCCGAGUCCAACAGAACAAGGAGACCAAAGCCAACGAGAAGAUCAGCCGGCGGGAACUGGAACAGGUUGUGGGUCGGAAACUGGACGACGAGGAGGUGCGCAGACUAAAGAGGGCAAAGAAAGAAGGGACAUACUACGAGGAAGUGCUUGAUGUGAGAGUCAAGGGGAAGCAUGAUAAAUUUGCCAGCUGAGCUGUCAACCGCAGAAUUGAACACUCCUCAUCGAAUUGAAUGACCAUGAUGACAACAGACGGCAGCCCUGACGGAAAGACGAGCGAACACCAACUCCAAAGAGCACACCAGAACGAAUACGUUCACCGGAAGAGUCAGAACCUCUCAUUGUACGAAGAAUGGUAUCAACAGAAGGACGCAAAACACCUGUUGUUACGUCGAACCCCACGAGAUAUGUACCAUCGCUUUUCCCAUCAACAUAUCAUACAUCAAACCUGUACCGUCAUAAAGAUCGAAAGUUCAACCAGAGACGCCGACGCUAUGGACCAAGAAGCAAAUGGAUCACGCUAUAGGGGCUCUGUUUCAUGAGCCUAUCAGUCGAGGCUCGGAAUGACCCGACCUGCGAUUCGGCGCCCUUUAUCACGAUUAGUCAAUCCGUGCGCAACAGCUUUUCGAGACAAGAGAACUUACACAGUGGCCUCGAUUCAUCGACGACUCGCGCCUCCUGCGCCAGAUUGCCGUAUUCAUGGGCCUGUUGCGUGGCGAGUCGUUCUCGCCGCCAUGCUCGUCUGGCUGACGUCCCUUGAGCUCGAACGUCUGCAGGCAUCUCAUCAUCUAUUUGCGUCUGUCGUCUUGGGGGAACGACUUGCAUCUCGGAGCCUGCCGUAUGCUCGCCUGCCGCACUACCAUGUUGAUUUCGAGAAGCAUUCAGUGGAUUUGACAAUUGCCGCAUCGUACGAUUCAAGGCGGUCACUCCGGGGAGCCUGGAAUCAUUUGCCUCUGAAGGUGUCUCUACAUUCCGUUGCCUGGUCCUGCGGAGCAAUCUUUCUCUUCUGACCAUUAUAUUCGUUACCUGCACAGGACAAUAACCUGGCGGCAGUACAGAUUUCUUGCAAAGCGGGCAUAAAGAGCUGUUGUUGAGAAGGAACGGGUCGAUACAUUCAGGGUGGAAGAUAUGGUUACAUGGAAGUUCUCGCACAGUUGUCUCAUCGUGCAUGAAGUCGUCCAGACAGAUCGAGCAUGUCGUUUGGCUGAAAUGUACCUCUCGGAGAGCCUUUCCAGGUCCAGCAGUGUUGCUGGGUCCUUUUUCUUCGGAUUCGACAGACUUCUCAGAUUCCGCCUUACUGUUAUCGUCGACAUCUGAUUUAGUAUAAAUCAACUGAGGCAUCUUGUCGAGUAUAUCCUGGGGUACGUUGAGUCUCUUAAUGCCCAAAGCUUCGAGAUCGACCUCUCCAUUGGCGACCCUGCGCUGGAGCUGUCGCCUCUGUUUUCGCUGAACCCAAUGCAUGAUGAAGGAGGUGAUCAACACCACUGCAAGUAGAACAGCCAGAACGAUUAUCAAGAAUACCCACAAUGUGGGAAUACCUCCUGUAA